UCGUCUUUUAAAGGCACAGGUGUAACUUGGCUGUAAGGCGUCAACUGGGGCCAAUGAUAGUUGUUGAUGGGUAAUUUGGAGCCCUAAUUCGAUUAACUACAGUCUGUAAGGCAAAUGAGAAUCUGUUAUUUGCCUGCAGCCGUAUCGUGGUUUAGCAGGUAUUGUGCAGUCUUCCUUGAAGUAUGUAGAGUCGGAGAAGGAGAGCAAAAGGCAUAUCAAGAUGAUGUUUUUACUUGUAAGGAAAUGGGUUGUCACAAAGACGGGUUCAGUAGUGGUGUUAGGGAAGAACUAAAAUGAGCGUCCAUAAAUAUAAUUUGGUGCUUACUGUUACUGGCAGUAUGAUAUUCAUAAGGAAGAACUGGAAGUUGAACCCAAGUCGUAAUUCUGGAAUUAGACAUGUUGGAGACUGGAUGAGAUUCUUGGGAGCUGUAACUUUGCUCUGCUUUUGUAGCUGUUUGAGUACUGCAUCCCCUGGAUCAGAAGCUAACAUACAGCUUCUAGGAUGCCAGCCAGAACAAAUAAAGACUGGUUAUAGACCUGCAUUACUCCUUCAAACCACUCAUCUUGAGGAAGAAGCAGGUACAUUAUAUAGAUGCCUUUUAGCCUGCUGUAGGAGCAGUAUGUGUGAUGCUGCAUGGUUUAUUCAUGAGAAAUGUGUCCUGCUCCAUUGCCAAACAUCUCUGAGGUGCAGAUCAGUUAAGACCAACCAGACUGCAUCUGUCUUUAUACUUUUAAAUAAACAGAGACUCGGUGGCCAAAUCCUGGAUGUACAAAGUGGUAGAGGAGAGAAAGCACUGCUUCAUCAUCUACAGGGAAAAAGUAGGACUUUGAAUGUCCAAAACGGGACUAGGACCUCUGAUGGUAAGGGCUGGGAUCUUCAGCAAGCAGCUCCAAAGGAAUAUAAAGAUAAAAGCAUCUAUAACAGUGAUGGGAUAACGCCACCUGACAGCAAACAGAAAUGGACAGAAAUCACUGACAUCAGAAAGCCUGGUGGUAGACUGAAUUCUGGUAUCUUAAAAUUUAACAGGUAUAAACAUCAUCAGCUGUAUCGAAGAGCUUUAACGAAACGGGAACCUCCAAAAGGUGUGACGAACAUUUCUAGCUUGGUUAAUGCUACUGAAGACUCUGCUGCAAGACAUCUUCCAAAGGUCUCCUCUCUAGUUGCUGAACUAAACUCUUCAUCACUUGUCACUCUUCCAACUCCAAGAACACACACUUUGUCAUCUGUGCAACAUGCAGAUAAUUCAAAUUACACCGUCAAGAUUUUAAACCACACAAUUAAGGGCAACACGAGCAAGCCAAAACCAUCUCCUUAUCCCGAAGCUGUAGCCGAUAAGCAGGAGAAGAAUGCCAGUCAUCCACCUAUUGCCACCACUGUUCUGAUUCCAGCAGCUAACUUAUCCCUCAGUAAUGUUACUGCUGUGAUACCUGUCAUCAUUCCUACUGUGGAUAUAACCGAUAUCCAGCCAGAUGUAAAGGAGCUGGUCGUAUCUGCUGGGAACAAUGUAGAAAUGACACUACCCAACAAUAAAGUUGAUCUCAAUGCCUUUGUACUGCCUGAAGCACAAGCUGGGACAAGCUACAGUUAUGACUGGAAGCUAAUCACUCAUCCUACAGAUUAUGAAGGAGAGAUGGAAGGAAAACAUUCAAAGACCCUCAAGUUAUCAAAGCUCACUGUUGGCUUGUAUGAGUUUGAAGUGACUGUUGAUGGAGAGAACGCACAUGGUGAAGGAUUUGUGAACGUAACUGUUAACCCAGUACCCCGUGUAAAUCAGCCACCUGUUGCUAUAGUCUCACCUGAAUAUCAGGAGAUUUCUUUACCGACAACAUCUACGGUUAUUGAUGGCAGUCAAAGUAAAGAUGAUGAUAAAAUAGUCAGUUACCACUGGGAAGAAGUGAAAGGCCCUCUAAGAGAUGAGAAGGUGUCUGUUGACACUGCCAUACUGAAACUGACAAAUCUGGUUCCUGGGAAUUAUACAUUCAGUCUGACUGUUGUAGACUCUGAUGGUGACAAAGACUCUGCCACAGCAAGCCUAACUGUGAACAAGGCUGUGGAUUAUCCUCCUGUAGCCAAUGCUGGACCCAACCAGGUCAUCACUCUGCCCCAUAAUUCUAUAACACUGUAUGGAAAUCAAAGUACAGACGAUCACGGGAUUUUAAGCUAUGAGUGGUUACUCAGCCCUAACAGUAAAGGGAAGGUGGUGGAAAUGCAGGGUGUUAGAACAUCGACACUGCAACUUUCUGCAAUGCAAGAAGGGGAUUAUACCUUCCAGCUAACAGUGACAGAUUCCGCUGGUCAGCAGUCAAAUGCAGAAGUCACAGUAAUUGUACAGCCAGAGAAUAACAAGCCUCCUGUGGCAGAUUCAGGCCCUGAUAAAGAACUGACCCUUCCUGUGGACAGUACCAUGUUAGAUGGCAGCAAAAGCAGUGAUGAUCAAAACAUUGUUUCUUAUCUGUGGGAGAAGACUAAGGGUCCUGAUGGUGUUAAAAUUGAAAACGCAAACAGCGCUGUGGCUACAGUAACAGGACUACAGAGUGGUGCUUAUGAAUUCACUCUGACAGUGAAAGAUGAGAGGAACUUACAGAGCCAAAGCACUGUUAGUGUUAUUGUUAAGGAAGAAAUGAACAAACCCCCAGUUGCCAAAAUUGCUGGAAAUGUUGUCAUUACAUUACCUGUCAACACAGCUACACUAGAUGGGUCAAAAUCUUCAGACGAUAAGGGGAUUAUCAGCUAUCACUGGAUUCGGGAUGAAGGAAGUCCAGCAGCUGGAGAUGUACUAAAUGGCUCUGACCAUCAAGCUGUUCUUCUUAUCUCCAAUCUGGUGGAAGGAACAUACACAUUUCUGCUUAAAGUGACUGAUGCCAAUGGUGAAAGCGACAGUGACAGAGCAACGCUUGAAGUAAAAGGAGAUCCUAGAAAAGAAAAUUUGGUGGAGAUCAUAACUGAUGUUAGUGCCAGCAGGAUGACAGAAAGACAGAAAGGGAUGCUGAUCAGACAGAUAGGCGUCCUGCUUGGAGUUCUAGAUUCGGACAUCAUCGUGCAGAAGAUUCAUCCAUACACAGAACAGAGUACGAAGAUUGUAUUCUUUGUGAAAAAUGAACAAGCACAUCAGAUCUUCAAAGGUCAAGAUAUAGCUUCGACCUUGCAAAACAAACUGAGAAAACAAAAAUCAGAUUUUCUCAUCUUUCGAGCACUUCAAGUAGAUACAGUCACAUGCCAGUUGAACUGCUCUGGACAUGGCCAGUGUGAUUCAUUUACAAAACGCUGCAUCUGCGAUCCCUUUUGGAUGGAGAACUUCUUUAGAGUUCAACUCAGUGAUGGAGAGAGUAACUGUGAAUGGAGUGUGUUAUAUGUCACAAUCUCCUCCUUUGUCAUCGUGGUUGCAUUUGGCAUUUUGUCCUGGGCAGUGGUCUGUUGUUGUAAGAGGCGUAAAGGAAAACCUAAAAGGAAAAGCAGAUACAAAAUACUGAAUGCCAUGGAUGAUUUAGAAAGUAUAGAACUGAAACAAAAUGCCAAAGGAGGACUCCGUCAGAAGGCUCCCGUUCAGAACACUAGCCUAAUGCACUCUGAAUCUGAGGCAGACAGUGAUGAAGCAAUUUUUACAUGGCCAGAUCGAGAAAAGGGUAAACUGCUACGCCACCAGAAUGGUUCUAUGUGCAAUGGACAGGCACAGCAAAAAUUGAAAAAAACAAGAGAGGAAGUCUUAUAGCAUAACUUUUCAGCAGCAGACUUGUUUCCCCAAAUAAAGGAUAGGAGUCUGUCCUUCCUCUUCUCUCACCAGGCAGGGGAAUAUGUGCUGAAUCCCAUUUUCAUAUCAAGUAUGUUCUGGAUGUGACUCGUGGGAAUGGCAAGGGAUUUGCUAGACAUCUUCAUUUCCGAGAAGGUGUAAAAGUACUGCUAAAGGGAGAGGCAAUGAGAAUACUUAUACUGUGAAAUUUUAACACUGGAAAAUGGCAGACUUGAUACUAAGACUUGGCUCAUCUGAGCUCUUCCAAUCUUUUUUUUUUUUUGUUAUACCUGUAUAACACCCUCACAGCCUUACUGAUAUGUGGAGUGUUUGCACCUGCUGCUGCACCUGAAUAUUUGGGCUGAAUAUUUGGAUUCAUUUUGUUUACUGCUUGGGAAUGGUUAUCUUUAUUGUCAUUAUGCAUUUUAAAUACAGCAGUCAGAGUGCAGUGCACAAAUUAUUUUGCAGUUAGUAAUGAGUGUUGAUAGUUUGUUGUUUCAAAGACUUCACUUGGAAGCAUUAUCGUUACAGAAGAAGGCUGCUGAGUCUUCUGAAAAAGUUCCUUUUGUUCACUUGUAAACUUUACGCAUUUGAUCAAAAGGAAAUAUUACUGUAUCUCUUUUCUGCUGAGUAAAAAGAAAGACCAAUGUAGAUUGCUGCUAGCUGCAGUACAAAUUACUCUCUGUUCAUCUUUUCUUUCCUUGGUAUGCUCCUUAGUUUGAGCAGCAUUAUACAAUUCUGUUUUGCUAAUUAUUUUGGUGAAAUGAUUACACUGGAAUAUUUUACUGGGAAAACCACUAAGAAGUUGAAAGUAUAUAAGGUCUUUGAUCUGUUCAUUCCAUAUAUUCUAGCUGACUAUCACAGUGGUUGACAAAACUGAGAAGUUCAAAAUACUUUACCCAGAUUGCUUUAUCUAUUUGUUGUGUAGUUACCAUCAUAUUUAUUACUUGACCAGGGAUUAGAGAGCAUACUAAGCACUUGAGCACUCUGAGGCCAUUAACUGGCUUCUGUUACUUGGCUGUAUUGAAAAGACAAAAUAUCUUCGUAAUUAGUGAAGUAGUUUGAAAAAGUUAUGUCACACAGUUUUACAUUUCCAUGGACCUCCUGGCCUCUUUAGACAGACUGACCCAAAAAGUAAGCAAAAGUCGGGCUUUCUGAAAACAGACUUUUGUGGAAAAACUGUCCACCCAUAACCCCUUUUUCCCAUUUUCCAUAUGGUGUCAGGGUGUCACUUCAGCUGUGACAAUCAUCUAAAGCCAAGAUGCACGCUGCCGGGAUGGCUAACCCUGCUGUGGUUAUUCUUCCAUACCACUCACAUGUGCAUGCUCGCACCUAUAGCCAAUUUAGAGUGUCCAACCCCCCUACUGUAUGCCUUUGGAUUAUGGGAGGAAACUAAGCACCCAGAGAAAACCCAUGCAAACAUAGGGAGGACAUGCAGACUCCACAUAGAAGCACCCUAGUUGAGAAUCAAACCAGAGAAUCUUUUGCUGUGAGGCAAAACCAUACCAGAUCAAAAUGAAAUAAAAUAGAUAUACCCUAUUUAUUUGGUUGCGUUUUAUGUUUCUUUACUGCUGGAUAACUUGUACUCAGAGUUCUAGGCCCAAAGCUAGGUUCAUCAGACUACAUUAUUUUUGUGGGAUAGGCUCUUUGAUCCUAGAACUUCAUUAAGUGUAACCAGUGGCCAUAAAGUUUGCCAUGGCCAGGAAAAAACAAGAUGGUGGUAUUCAUGUGGUUGGGUUAGCAGUUUUCCCAGUAAAGUAGGGUAUUUUAUUAACCAAAGAGAAUUCUAGCAGUUAGUGCAGAGGAUUAUGGUUAUGAGCAUUUACUGGGGUGCUUCCUGUAGUCCAGAGUUUGAUUCCCUCAGCCUCUAUUUGUCAUUUAACCAGGCAGUGCUCUGUGGCAGUUGUGACAUUCUGCUAGGUUUAUGAGUGGUCUCCCUGACUGCAUAACUAGUAAUUAUCUAUCAACAUUUUCCUGACCUAUAGAUUUUGUGCCGAGUACUGCAGUAAAAAGAUACAGGUUAUUAUACUUUAACAUGUCUGGUAUAGACACACUGCCAUCACUACUUUAGUCCUGACAUUCUUCUGGGACCCUUAAUUAAUAUUUGGUAUGUCAAGCCCCUAAUUAAACAUGGGAGGGAUAUAAUGUACAUUGUGGCCUAAACAUUUUAGUAGAAUAUUUCAUUAUUUCAGGCAAUCUGCAACCAUUUACUGAGCCUGGUGUUAAAAAAAAAACCCACCUGUGACAUGUCACCUGAUCAAGAAUGGGGGUAUAAUUCUCAUCAGUAAUUUACCUUUGAGCUCCUCAUUUGUUUGACACAAAUACAGUGUAAAGUCCCAAAAGCUUUUCAGUGAGUCAAAUCCUCUUCUGGCUUACCUUCUGCAGAGCUGGGUAAUUCAUUUUUUACCGUUUUCACCACUGUAGAUUUGUCACAUAGCCUUUAUUUUAACCAUUCCCAUUAAGUUGUUGAUUACCAACAUAUCACGUCUUGGAAAUGUCAUUUUUUUUAGAAUGGGUACAGGGGUUUUCUAGGUGAAAAGGUGGGUGGAAAGGUUGUCUGCGAAAGGCCACACCCACAUUUUACUUAGUAUUUGACUACUUUUUACAAUUAAUAACUCCUGUUGUAGUUGAAAGCUGAAACUGCAAAAAAAAAAAAAAGACCUUGCGAUGUGUACUGUAUACUUUGCAUUUACCUUGAAACAUUUCAGACUACUGAUUUGGUUAUUUUUUUUCAGACCUCUAAAGGAAAGAUGUCUAAUUUAUUGUAUUGUUUGUGCUACUACUGUGAAAGAUAAAAUAACAUUUUUUUACUGAA